GUCUAAGAGCCAGUUUACUGCCACUCUUUGUACUGUAUGCACCUUUUAUUGAAAGAUCUGUUUUAUCUUAUUCUUUGUUUGUACAAUUCACGAAAGACAAUUGAAAUUAUUAAGAAUGAAUCAAAUGUCGAGAAGUUUAUGAAUCUUUCGAAGAUACAAUUUUUAUUAUCUAUUGAAAUACCAAAAAGAACAGAAAAAAUGGAUAAAAUAGAGAAAAAAAAGGAAACUUUGAAAGAUGGUAAUCCAUUUGAUGAGGAAACUUUUACUACUUUUGGACAUCUUACAAAAUUAGCACCUUUGGAUAUCGAUUUUCACGAUUUAACAUACAGCGUGCCAUACGAAGGAAAAGGUUCAAAAGUAAUUUUACGAGGAAUAAGUGGUCAAUUUAAAUCCGGCGAAUUAACGGCUAUUUUGGGUGCCUCCGGAGCAGGAAAAUCAACUUUAUUAAACAUUCUAGCUGGAUAUAAAUGUCAAGGUGCAACCGGUUCAAUAAACAUUAAUGGAAUACCAAGAGAUUUAAAGGAAUUUAAAAAAUGUUCUUGUUAUAUAAUGCAGAAUGAUCUAAUUCAGCCAAAACUUACGGUUUCCGAGUCAAUGCAUUUCGCAAUCGAUCUAAAGAUUGGCUCUAAAUUAACGAAAAAAGAGAAAUGUGCAAUAAUAAAAGAAAUCAUAAGUAUAUUAAGGCUAACCAAUGCAAGGAAUACAAUUUCAGAUACACUUUCUGGUGGAGAAAAGAAAAGAUUAUCUAUUGCCUUAGAAAUGGUGAAUAAUCCAUCAAUAUUAUUUCUUGAUGAACCUACUACAGGACUGGAUGAAUUAUCUUCGAUGCAAAGCAUCUUACUUCUUAAAAAAUUAACAAAACAUUUAAGUAGAACAAUAAUCUGUUCGAUUCACACACCAAGUGCAUCUAUUUUUUCUCAGUUUGAUAACGUAUACGUUAUGGCAAAUGGAAAAUGCGUUUAUAGAGGUCCAUCUAAUAAUAUAGUAUCAUUUUUGCAACAUAUUAAUAUUGAAUGUCCGAUUCAUUAUAAUCCAGCUGAUUUCAUUAUUGAACUUUCAACAGGAGAAUACGGAAAAGAAAAGAUUGAUCAAAUGAUCGCAUACGUUGAAAGAAAUUUACCAAUUUUACCCGUCAAACAAACUACCACAAAAUUCCAAUUGGAAAGAACAAAUUUUCGAAUAUCAUGGUACUUGCAAUUCAUCACAUUAUUUAAAAGGAUGAUGCUCCAAUUAUAUAGGGAUAGAAAAUACGUAUACCUCAAGAUAUCUUUAUAUAUAUUUAUGGGUAUCAUAAAUGGUCUCAUCUUUCUAAACAUUGGGAAUGAUGCCUCUAAAAUUCUUUUUAACUUUGGUUUUUGCUUUAUCUGUUUAAUCAUAUUCCUUUAUAUACCAAUGUUUCCGAUAUUGUUACAUUAUCCCUCCGAGAUCAAUCUGGUCAAAAGAGAACACUUUAACAGAUGGUACAAUCUCAGUUCCUAUUAUUGUGCUCUCACUCUAUCUUAUGUUCCUGUUCAGUUUUUUAAUACAUUGAUUUACGUCUUGAUGGUUUAUAAUAUCACUGGACAACCCUUAGAAUUUAGUAGGAUAAGCAGAUUUUUCAUCAUUUGUCUCGUUUGUGCUUUUAUUGCUGAAAGUAUAGGUCUAUCUAUUGCCUCCAUGUUAAAUGUGGUGAAUGGUAUGUUUAUUGGACCAGCAUUAGCAGCUUCUUUAAUGUUAGUUUCUAUCCAAGGCAUGGGAGAUCCUGAGCCACUGUCUAUUUAUCGUAUAAUAGUCAUGUAUUCUAGUUAUUUAAGAUACGGAUUGGAAGGUCUGGUAAUAUCAAUGUAUGGAUUUAACAGAGGAAAAUUGUAUUGUCCACCAGAAGAAGUUUUUUGUCCCAUACAUUCGCCAAUAGAAUUAUUGCGGCUAAUGAAGAUGGAACAUACUAUUUAUUGGAUAGAUCUCUUGGUCCUCAUUAUUAUUCUUAUUUUUCUUAAAGGAAUAGCAUUUUAUUUAAUAAGACAACGACUUUAUCCAAACAAAACUUUUCAAACGCUUCAUCUUAUUGGACAGAUAAUAAAAAGUCGUUUUAAUACUGCAUGAUAUUACUUACUUAAUGAUAUCAUUUUAAUGAUAUCAGAAUAGAAUCGAAUAAAGAGAAGUUAUUUUUGUAUUAUAUAUAUAUAUGUAUUUGUAGUUGUAGCUAUUGAAACUUGAAAACUUUUCAAACUUUUUCAAACUAUGUUCUCAAUGUAAAUAGUAUUAACAAAAUUCUAAUUAAAUAUAAGGAUUAUUUCUCAUAUUAAUAAACGAUAUAGCUCUCUAGUUUUUCUUUUU